AUGGGCACGUCUCGCGUGCCAAGCAACACUUCCAGUCCUUACGGGCCCCCAGGCGCAGUUAAUUUGGUGCCUUAUGCUGGUGCUCCUGUGGCUGAUCCGCCUGCUGUGGCCACUGCCGACCUGACUGCUGCACUUAUGAGCACGGCAGGUUUCGCUGCAUCGCGGCUUUGUGUGCCGCCGUGCAGUUCGGUUCCCCCGUCAGUUGCAACAGUGGGCUCUCCGGCAGUAAUAGCAGAAGCAGCAAAUGACGAAUGGGUAGUCGUCAUUCAAAUUGUAUAUGCCUUCCGCCAUGCUACCGUUGCUGUUCUAGUUCAGGAGGCUCUCCAGUGCCUACUGUGGGGUAGUGACAGCGACGUCCAAGUGGCAUACGAGCUCCGCACGCUAGACCAGCUAGAACAGCAGCGCGAGCAACAACUGCAGAAUCAGGAGCAGCAGCAACAAGGGAAGCAGAAUCAGCUUCCGCAACAGGCCAUGCUGCAGGCUUUGGAUGCCGGGGCAGUCGAGGUGCGUGUGCUCUUUGAGAACCGCGGCGGAACCGCUCCUCUUAAUGGCGACGACAGCAGCAGCAGCAGCUGCAUCCGGAGAAAAGAAAAAGGUCGUGUCUUGGCUUGGUCUCUUGACGACCUUGCUGCUGCAGCGGACCUUGUCGUCCCGGCUGCUUCGCGUAUGCCUGAUGGCGCCUUUGCAGUCCGCACAGCAGCAGCAGCGCUGGAGCACCAGAAACAGCAGCCGUUGCAACAGAACCUGCUCCUACUGCAGCGCAGCCGGGCCGCCUUACCCUUGCGCAAGGGAGCUUUGUGGUCCUUUCUACUCAGUGCAGAGACAGCAGCCAAACUGCGGCACAAGGCAGGCGAGGACGUGCUCCCACUUGCGGUGCAGGCAGUCAAGUCUGCGCCGCUGCUACCUCUAGCCUGGUGCACGUUGGGCCAUUCACUGCGGCUACGAGGCCGCUUCUGGGAAAGCAACUGCUGCUACAAGGUGGCGUCGCAUCUGAGAGCAUGUCCUACAGCAGCAUUUACAGAGCCAGAAACGGCAACAGGCACAGCUGCCAGUGCUCCACGCGCUACACUGGCCGCUGCUGCGGCAGCUGCAGCAGCAGUCCCUCCCAAACUCACUAGGGCACUCGAGAACACUCUUGUUAGAGCUCGAAUGGAUCCAAAGGAACUCAGAAAGGCGUUGCCCACAUUAAUAAAGGCAGAAGUGGAGGCGCCGUGGGGCUUUGCCUUUGAUUCCAACCCCAGAGAAGUUGGAGGCAUUUUCGUGGCCUAUGUGGUGGAGGGCAGCAAGGCGGAAAAAGCGGGGCUUGUUCCAGGCGACCAAAUAGUGCUCGCAAGCAACGCUAUACUGUUAGGCCUACCCGUCGAAAAGUGCCUUGACUUGCUGCGGCCGCGCCGCCGGCCGAAGCCCCAGCAGCGGGAGCCUCAGUUGCUACCCUUGAAGCUUGAGGUAUACAGAGGUCCGUUGCCUCUCCUGUAUGGGGCCUCUGGCUUCGCUGCAUUGCAACGGCUUGACGCAGUUGAAUAUAUGGGAAAAGACGACGGUGACUCACAACAUUACAAGCAACUGCAGCAGACGGCUCCACUUCAUGUGCCAGCAGGGUUCCUCAACACGCUGUUACAGGGCUCCGCCUGGACGCAUCAAGAGGUCUUCUGA